AUGUCUCUUCUACAGUUCUUACUCAUGGUUGUCGCACUCCUUUUUGCUGUUAUCAUUCUUCGGCUGCUUCCAGCCACGCAGAGAUCACUGGCGGCAGGAACCGAGUCUGCUAUUGAUAAGAUCAACAAGUGCGUCAAUACAAUCACCGCUAAAGUUGGGCCUGACGGACGAGCAAAUCAGCUAUCCCAAUUUGAAUCACGAGCGAUAUCAAGUAGCGGAAUUGCGAGCGGAUUCGGAGUCAGCAACCCGUUCACCACUACAGAUGAGGCGCAGGCCAGGAAAUUUGUCAAUCAGGCGCGGAGAUCCAUGAAUACGGCGAAGUUGGAAGAACUGAGUGAAAUGGCAAGGAAAGAUAUACAGUCUUUCCUUGCGAAUGAUCCCGAGAACGGGGUGUCCCUUGCAUCUUUAGUGCAAAUCGUGACACUCAGCAUGGCCCUUCGAGUCUUUAUCAAGGAUGGCAUAGCGUCCACAAACCUUGAUCAAAGCCGUCUUCUGAUAAUAAGCAACUUCAUCAACAAGAUCUGGAUUGACUCAAAGUUCCCCGAGCGCAGAAUUGUCUAUCGGGAAUAUCAUGAAUUGCAUGAUGCACUGCGCGCGAUUUGUCCUCAAUAUGAUCCCUUGGAUCCACGAGAGAAUCCAUUGAACUGGCUUCUGCCGUCUUUCGAGAGUUUAUGGCGAAUUGCUCUUAGGACAUUUCUUGAGGUCAAGUUCUCCACGGGACGCAUGCAUCCUGAAUGGAGCAGGGCGUUGAUCAAGUUUGCUCGCAAUCCAACGAAGGAACAGUUUGAAGGAUUCUUCGAAUCACAGUCUGUCCAUCAAGGACAAACCAGAAUUUCUGUCCAGGAAAUCGUCAAUGAAGCAUUGAGACUGUACCCUCCUACGCGACAUAUCUAUCGUGCAUUCCAAUUUGACCCGGGGGAUAGACAGAACGAGAUAGCAGAUAUCGAGAGCCUGCAUAUCGAUCCGGACAUAUGGGGUGUUGACGCUUUGAAAUUUGACCCAGAACGGUGGAACAAGCUUUCUGAUCUUCAAAGGAAGGCGUUCAUGCCUUUUGGAGGCGAGCCAUUCCGAUGUCCAGCCAAACUGGCAUUCGGGCCUAGAGCGAUUGCCCUGGUUGCGGGCGUUGUGCUCGCCGCUUUUGAGGGGGGUGACUGGCAUAUGGAGUGUGAUGAUUCACAGGUUAUGGAAGAUCUGAAUAGGGGUACUCGUCUGAGUUUGAGCAGGGAUGGGUAUACGAACGUUGUCCUGCGGCGGUGCAGUGAAUGAGGCGAGACACCUGUUGAUCUAUUCUACCUUAUGUGCAUUGAAUGUGUUAGAUUCUCUAUCCAGUUUCUGUGGUCAUCGCAUAGUCGAGUCG